UUUUUUUUUUUUUUUUUUUUUUUCGCUUUGCUUAUUACGCGGGAUCCUUGGAAGACCUGUUUUGGGUGACCGUGUUUUCUGCUGAGUGUAGUCCUCUUUGGGAGGACACCUAGCCACGUCAGAAGCACGGAACGGUGAGUGCGCUUUUGGCUGCUGGAAUUCUCGGGGUGCCGUGCAGUCCAGUGGAAGGCGGAGUCUGGCUCAGCAAUGCCUGUGCCCACCUGUGCCUGAAGUGUGCACCCCGCAGGCAGCCUAGAGCCUCGCGUCCCACGCUCUUCUGUCUUGGUGAAGUUGCUUCAUCGCAAUCCCAGCACUCUUGGACGUCACCUGAUGAAGAUCCAUGCUGAUUCCUUUUUCACCGACCGGGACUAGAGCAGCAAUCACCAUGCGUGUGCAUGUAUCUGUUGUAGUGUGUGGACUCUUUUCAGGAGAAGCCCAGAGAGGUUUGUCUUGGGAAUGUAAUGUCUUCUGGCUUCUCUUGGCACCAAACACAUAUGAAGUGCACUGAUGUACCUGAAAAAAGAAAAAAAAAUCCAUACACAUGAAAUGAAAUAAGUCUUAAUGUUCAUAAAAGGGUAUUCUCCUGAGCACCUGUUUUGGGUGACUUUGUGUCCUGCUGACUUCUGGCAUCCUCAGGUGGACACCUAGACACAUCAGAUGCACAGAAUGGAGUCCGUGUCCUUCGAGGAUGUGGCUGUGAAAUUUACCCCGGGAGAGUGGGCUUUGUUGGAUUCCAGUCAAAAGAUGCUCUACAGAGAUGUGAUGGGGGAGACACUUUUGAACCUUAUGUCCAUAGAAAAAGGACUAGAACAAAACAUUGAAGAGAACUACAAAGAUCUCUGCAGAAGUCUGAGAACUCAGUUGGUUGAGAAAAAUUGUAGAUAUGAAUAUAAUAUUCAGUGUGAUGACAACCUUCAGCCAAUUCUAAUGAAUAUGGUUAAUGAAGACAUGCCUCCUAUAAUAACAGGAUAUGAAAGCCAAUUGCAUGUAAGAAGCAUCAUUGGUCAUUCAUUCUCACAUGUAUAUCUCAGAAACCAAGCUAGAGGGAAACAGUCUCACUGUAAGGAGUCUUUUAUACAUCAGAAACAUUGGAAAAAUACCAGUCAUUCUGAAUCACUUCAGGUACUUGACACUUUUCCCAGAGAGAAAUCUUAUAAGAAUCAACAGUGUAAGGAAGCCUUUAGGAAUCUCCCUUCUAAUCAGCCUCACAAGAGAACACAAUGUGGAGAUAAACUCAAUGGGAAAAUAGUAAGGAGAUAUACAUGUAGUGCAGAAGGUGAUGGAAUCUAUACAGAAGUGAAAUCGUUUGCUCAUAGCCACAGCGAAGAAGAAGCCUUCAUUGAUUCCAGUGACCUUACCAUCCCUGAAAAAAGUCAUAUUGGAGAGAAAAAAUACGUUUGUAAACAAUGUGGGAAAGCAUUUAAGUAUGCUUCGUGUUUUGAGAAACAUAAAGUAACUCACACUGGAGAGAAGCCUUAUGCAUGUAAGCAGUGUGGAAAAGCCUUCACCAGUUCUAGCUGGUGCAACACUCAUGAGAGAGGUCACAACGGAGAGAAGCCUUACAUGUGUAAGCACUGUGGAAAAGCCUUCAGAAGUUCCAGUUAUUGUAGCAUUCAUGAACGAAUUCACACUGGAGAGAAACCUUACUCAUGUAAGCACUGUGGCAAAACCUUUGCCAUUUUGAGGUCUCGUAACUGUCAUGAGAAAAUUCACACUGGAGAGAAGAUUUAUGCAUGUAAACAUUGUGGGAAAAGCUUCAUUAGUCCCACUUCUUGUAGUAUUCAUGAAAGAAUUCACACCGGAGAGAAACCUUACGCAUGUAAGCAUUGUGGCAAAACCUUUGCCAGUUUGACUGGAUGUAUCACUCAUGAAAGAGGUCACACUGGGGAGAAGCCUUACACAUGUAAACACUGUGGAAAAGCUUUCAACAAUUGCAGUUAUCGUAAUGUUCAUGAAAGAAUUCACACUGGAGAGAAACCUUAUGCAUGUAAGUACUGUGGCAAAACAUUUGUCAUUUUGGGUUCUCUUAUCACUCAUGAGAGAAGUCACACUGGAGAGAAGCCUUACGCAUGUAAGCACUGUGGAAAAGCCUUCUCCCAAGCCAGUUAUCGUAAUAUUCAUGAAAGAAUUCACACUGGAGAGCAGCCUUACGCGUGUAAGCACUGUGGCAAGACCUUUGCCAUUUUGAGUUCUCGUAACACUCAUGAAAAACUUCAUACUGGAGAGAAGCCUUAUGUGUGUAAGCAUUGUGGAAAAGGCUUUAUCAGUUCUAUUUGGUGUAGUGCUCAUGAAAGGGGUCACACUGGAGAGAAACCUUAUGCGUGUAAGCACUGUGGCAAGACCUUUGCCAUUUUGAGUUCUCGUAACAGUCAUGAAAAAAUUCACACUGGAGAGAAGCCUUACACGUGUAAGCAUUGUGGAAAAGCCUUCACCAGUUCUGGUUAUCGUAACAAGCAUGAAAGGGCUCAUGCUGGAGAGAAACCUUAAACAUGUAAACAUUGUAGAGAACGUUUGCCAAUUUCAGCUGGUGCAACUCUCAUGGAAGAAUUCACACUGGAGAGAAGCUUUAUGCACGGAAAACCUGUGGAAAAUCCUUCACCAGUUCCUCUUACCAUAUUGCUCAUGAAAGAAUUCACACCGGAGAGAAAGGGUUUCUGUGUAAUGCAUGUAGGAAACUGUUCCUUCAACUUUAUGAUCAUUCCAGCCAUAAAAGAAUUCACUCAAGAAUGAAGACUUAUGCAUGUAAGCAUUGUGAAAAAUCCUUUUUCUGCCUUAGUAAUUUAACUUUUGUAAGAGUUGUCAUAUUGAACAGUUGAUAGAUAUAUACAUAUAUAUAUAUAUGUAUACACACACACACAUACAUACAUACAUACAUACAUAUGGUAGAAAAGCCUUCUUGGUAAUUAGACUUAUGUGACUAAGCAUUUUCUGGUUAUCAUUUAUGUAGAAUUUUUUUUCCCCCAAAGUUUAUAGUUUCUGUCAGUCUGUUGUGUUUGUGUGCCCAUGCAUGUAAGAACCUGGAGUCAGAAAAGGGUGUAGGAUCCCCAGGAACUUGAAUUAGAAGCUGUUGUGAGGUGAGUGAGCUCAGUACUAGGAUUCAAAGCAGUGAGUGCUUUUAACCUUUACACAGUCACCAUCUCAUCAUCAACUACAUUCAUGGAAACUGUACAGUUCGUAUUCUCAGUAUUCUUCAAGUAAAGAAUUGGAGUUUUCUUUUUCAGUUUUUACUGAUGCUUUUAUUUAUUUUGACAGUUUGUUGUGGUUCUAUACUAUUUUAGCCAUAAGUAAGGAAAAAGCUUUUCAUAAUCCUUCUGCAGCCCCAUAAGUUUAUGUAGAACCACAGGGGAAUCGAGACAGACAAAAGUUAGAAACUGCAGGAGGUCCUCGGGAUCAACAUAUAAAAGGCAGUGGCAGCUGAGAGAAUCAGAGUUUUACUGUACACGAGUUUUAUUCACCCAGGUGAGCACUCUUACAACAACCCAGUUAGAUCUUGGAGAUUGAUGCUAAAUUAAUUACCCAUGACACCUUCCCUUGAGCCCCUUUCCCCUUUUCCUGCCCCCCCUCACUGUUGAGAUACGGCUUGCAUUUCAGGCUGCUCCAUAGCUCCAUCUUGUGUAUGUACAAGUCUGCACAAGAUUGUGUAGAUACACAAGAAAGAUACACGAGAUAAAGAUACACCAGAACCUGGAAGAUACGCCUGCCCUGCAGACUCAGGUCACCUCGCUUAUUGUACCUUAAUGCAUGUGUAGAUAAUAUUGUCCCUCUGGUGAAUAUAAAGGUGUUGAAAUAACUUUAUUUACAGCAGAAGCAAUAGAAGGCAUGGCAAGCUACCAGAGUUAAAUUCUUAGGUGUCUACCUCAUCACUAGGUAAGGAUCUCUUUGUCAGUUCUGUCUUGAGAGGCUUGUGAAUGAGUUUUUCUUGUAUAUGUAGACAUCACUCCUAUUUGGGGGCCUAAAAAAUUUCUUCAUCUCUUUUUUUUUAAUUAAGAGGGAAAGAAAGUUCUAUUCUUUUUCAAAGUAAACAUUUAGUAAGGAUGAUUUGUGAUAAAGAAACCAAAUCUUUAAGACAUUUAAGAAUGUGGCACAGGGGAGGUGAGAAGGAGCUGCGAGGAACUGAGGCAGGGAAAAUGUUGUCAGAAUGUAUGGUAUGAGAGAAGAAUUUCUUUCUUUCUUUCUUUUUUUGGUUUUGGUUUCGAGUACAUCUAGAAAGUGUCUGGACAUUUAUCUUUUUAUUUUUAUUAAUUUCAUUUUACAUUCUAAGCACAGUUCUCCCUCCAACCACUCCUCCUACCCGCCCCUUGUUCCCCCCAAGUCCAACCCCCAUUCACUUCUCCCAAAGGGAGUCAACUGAAUCUGGCACAUUAAGUUGGGCAGAACCAAGCCCUUCCCCCUGCAUUAGGGCUGAGCAUGGCCUUCCACAAUAGGGAAUGGGCUCCAACAAGCUAGAUAGAUCAUGUACCAGGGAUAGAUCCUGACCCCACUCCUGAGGGACCCUCACAGCAAGCUACACAACUGUCUCCCACAUGUAGAGGGACUAGUUUGGUCCCAUGGAGGCUCCACAGCUGUCAUUCUAGGGUUCGUGAGUUUCCACAAGGUUGGUUCUGUUGUCUCUGCAGAUUUCCCCUUCAUGAUCUUGACCUCCCUUGCUCAUAUAUUCCCUCCUUCCUCUCCUCGACUGGGUUCCUGAUGUUUGGCCUGGUAGUUGGUUGUGGCUCUCUGCACCUGGUUCCCUCAAUUACUAGAUGAAGGUUCUGUGACGACUCUUUAGAUAUUAACCAAUCUGAUCACAGGGAGAGACCAGUAUAGGCACCCUCUCAACUAUUGAUGGAGUCAUCCUUAUGGAUUCCUGGGCGUUUCCCUAGUACCAGGUUUCUCCCUAACCCCAUAACGGCUCUCUCUAUCAAGAUAUCCUUUUCAUUGCUCUCUCACUCUGUCCCCAGAUCUCGAGCAUCCUUCCCUCAUGUUCUUAUCCCCCAUCCUCUCCCCUUUACUGCCCCACCUCACCCCCAGUUUACCCAGGAGAUCUCAUCUAAUUUCCCUUCCCGGGGUGAUCUGUACAUUCCUCUUUGGUCCUCCUUGUUACCUAGCUUCUCUGGAGCUGCGGGUUGAAGUCUGGCUAUCCUUUGCUUAACAUCUAGUAUCCACUUUAUGACUCUUGAAUAAUUUAUUGACAUUUGAUGAAAAUUGCCAUGUAAUUUCAUUUUUCUGUGCAUUUAGUAAUUGUAUUCUCUUGUUGGUAUUCUAAUUUUCUUUUUAUAAAAUGAUUGAGUGGGACAUGAUAGAUGAAGCCUUUUAUCCCAAUGCUUUGGAGGCAGAGGUAGGUGAUAUGAACUCCAAGCUAGCCUAGACUACAUUGCGUGUUUUAGACUAGUCCAGCUCCAUAAUAGAGAGGCCCUGAUUCAAAAAACCAAAACACACAGCUGAACAAGGAGAUGGAUAGGUUUAAGUAUAAGGUGUGAAAAGGUCCCAUUCCAGACUAUUGUGUUUGCAUAGCAGGCCCUCCUUCUCAUUCCUGGAUCUGGAGAGAACUCAGAAUUCUUUCUACCCCAACUGCAUUGAUUUUAGCCUCAGGAUCUCCAAUCAGGAAUAUUCAAGCCAUAUGUCUUUUUCACCAAUCAGGGAUUCUUUUACUUUUUUCAUCAAAUGCCCACUGAGGUGAAUGGGUAUUCAGAAAGCCUCACCAUUGCAGCUGGGUUUGAACCCAGUGUAGAAGCUGAGAGAUGUAUUGUGUUGGUCCCGUCCGACAUUCAUUUCUGCUGAUUUUAGUCCCACAGGACACCUUGAUCCACUAGAGGCAGGAAAGAGUGAAUGUAUCCAGAGCUUCUGAAAUUUUAAGUUGUUGUUUAGGACAUAGCAGAGACUGUGCCUCUGCAGCUUUGACGUUCCCCUGGCACUGUGCCAACAGGACUACCCUAGAGGAUACCGUAUUGCUUUUCUCCUUCCCAGAGCACUGUCAUUGUGUUGUGCUGCACAAGGUCCCCCACCCUGUACUCUCCUGGCAAACAACUCUGUCCCGGGCCACAUUCUUGCUGUGGUGAAAAGGCACAUGGAACAUUGUUCGCACUGAGUCCAGACUGGUGUGGAGGAUUGUGGAGGGUGUGCUCUGUUGGUAGUCUUCUUUAGAGCUGGAUCUGGGCUGCUUUAGAGCUGGAUCUGUCAUCACAUUUGUGAUCUUACAUUUUUCUUAGUACAGAACCCUAUGCCAUGCCUGACAUAAGGUAAAUACAAGCUUUGGCAUUAGGCUAUA